AAAACGAAAAUAAUAUCAUUAGAGAAACAAAGAAAAGAUGAUCUAGUCCAUAUUUCCGUACUGGAACAAAAGGUUAAGGACUUAGAAAUUAUGUCGCGGCCCUCAAUUCUUGAAUUGAGAAAUAUUCCCGGCAAAGACAAGGAGACGGCGAACGAUUUGAUCUCGAUAGUAUGCAGUAUCAGCAGUACAAUUGGUGCUGAAAUCUCGCAGUCUGACUUGCGGGAUACCUACAGAAUCCCUAGUAAACCAAAUACUCCCAAAACGAUCAUUGCUGACUUCACUUCCGUCCAAAAAAGAGACUCUUUUCUGAUUGCAGCCAAAAACUUCAAUAAAGCUAAAUCUCCAGACAGUAAAUUGAACUCCGAAGUUAUUGGUUUCCCUGGAAAAAAGCUCCCUGUUUAUAUUUCCGAAUAUCUGCCUCCCUCCAUGAAAAAACUUUUCUAUUUGGCGAGGCAGUUCUCACAGCAAAAUGAUUACCACUACUGCUGGACAGCCAACGGGAAGAUAUUUCUAAGAAAGGAAAAUGGUGGCGAGUGUUUUCGUAUCUUAUCUGAAAAAUGUUUUACAAAAUUACCUGUCAAGAAUUAGCUUACUAACUAUAUGUUACAAUUGGCCUUACAGACGCACAACGCUAAUCAAAUUCGAUAACUUUACGACCUAUUUAUCUAUUACUACUUAUGUAUCUAUUACUACCUAUUUAUCUAUUAUAACUACUUUUUACAUACACAUUUUAUUCUACUCCACUCGGUUUAAUAAAACUCAAAUAGUUCCUUCAACCAAUCCAUUCUCGCUUCCAGACAUGCUUUUUGCUGUCUUAGAGCUCCAUUUUUGUGUUUGCUUUCCAACUGCAAAUGGCUAAUACAACUAACAAAAUUGUCUCAAAUGAGCUGGACGCUCUUAAUGUAGCUGAAGUGUUCACGUGCCUACCUGAAGAAUGUCUUAAAUUUAUAGAUCCCUCCAAGUAUUCCCUAAAAAUAAUUCAUCAAAAUAUCCGCAGCAUCAAUAAAAAUAUAGAUCAAUUUGUAGUCAUGCUAGAAAUCACAAAAAUAAAUUACGAUGUCAUAAUACUAUCAGAAUGCUGGUUAAGUAAAUUAUCAAAUUUACCGGAACUGACUGGAUAUUUAUCCUGCAAAUCGCUAAAUAACCGUAACCAAAAUAACGGCGUUGUAGUAUAUUUUAAACGUCACCUUGAUCUCACUUUUACAUGCCCAAACUUUUCUGAGGCUAACUGCGUGUUACUUAAAAAUGACAAUCUAGCUAUACUUGCAAUAUAUAGAUCACCUGCCAACAAAUGUUUAAAUGGAUUCUUCUGUGACUUAAACAAUUCGCUUUCCACUCUAAAGUCCUCUCGUAAUGUCUUGCUAAUCGGUGACAUAAAUAUCGAUAUCUCUUCGGCUAAUACCGAUUUAAAUAAGGAAAAGUAUCUUAACCUGAUUUCUAGCCACGGUUUGUUGCCUACAUUCGAUACCCCAACUAGAAUAAGUUCAUGUCUUGACCAUGCUCUUCUAAAAUCUAAUUACAAAGCUACAGUAUUACUUCUGGAAUGUAAUGUAACCGACCAUUUUCCUGUGAUAACAUGCUUAAACCUAGAUAGAAUUCAUGUAAAGCCAAAUCAGUCCUUUUCCCAAACUGACUUUGUGUCCUUGAGGGCGGAAAUCAUGGCUAUGGAUUUUUCAACGGUGUUACUCUGUGAUAACGCUGACCAUGCUGCCGACCUUCUCGUGAAUAGCAUUGCGCCAGUUCUGACAAAACACACUAAAGUACUACGUGUACCUAAAAGGAAGGUUAUCUUUAAGCCAUGGAUCACCCCUGGUUUAUUAAGAUGCAUCCGUCACAGGGAUAAACUCUAUAAACGAUCCAAAGUAAACCCCGAUGACUACACCCUUAAGCGGAUUUAUACCCGUUACAGAAACUUCUGUAAUAGACUUCUACGGAAAUUAAAAAGGGAAUACGAACGCGAGGAGCUUGAGAAGGCCAAGAACAAUCCCAAAGCCACCUGGAAUGCUCUAAAAAGAAUUGCCAAUCUGAACUCCCCUUCUUCCCCAGUAUUGGAUUUACUUACUUCCAAAGGUAAUCCAGUGGGUGCAAUUGAUGGUAUCAACGAAUUCUUUGCCAAUGUAGGCAAACGCUUAGCUGACAAAAUUAUUAAUUCACAUCAUCCCAGAGCGUUGACUAAGCCUAUUCAGUACACCCCUUGUAAUUCCUUGGCAAUGCUGGAGGUGUGUGAAUCGGAAGUAGCGAGCAUUAUCACAAACCGCACCCAAAAAACAAGAAUUGACAAAUAUAUUAGUGAUGAGCUUCCAAUAACUUUUGGUGUCCCUCAAGGAAGUAUCUUGGCCCCAACCCUCUUCAAAAUCUAUAUUAACGAACUCUGUCAGCUGCCGAUCCCCUUCGGCAAAACCAUAUCAUAUGCGGAUGACACAGUAUUAGUUGUCACUGGACCCAACUGGUCUAUUGCCAAAUCUUAUGCAGAGCAGGCUUUGCGAACUGCUUUGGAUUGGUUGGACAACAAUUUACUAACUGUAAAUAUUGAGAAGACCAAAUACAUCCCCUUCUCAUUGAGGAACUCAUCCGCUCCACCUCAUAACUUCACCAUUACGGCUCAUAGUUGUCCCACACCUACUAUCUCAUGUCAAUGUAUGAACCUCACUAGAGCCGAUCAUAUUAAAUAUCUGGGUGUACAUAUUGACUCAGCACUGCGUUGGCACCUUCAUGUUGAUAACCUGUGUUCGCGCGUCAGGAAACUAAUAUUUGUCAUGAGUAAGCUUCGCAACUCUGCCGAGCGCAACACUUUACUAAUUGUAUAUCAGGCUCUCUGCAAAACAUUGAUAUCCUACUGCAUACCGGUUUGGGGCGGUGCCCAUAAAACAUCCCUACUAAAACUAGAAAGAGCUCAAAGAGCAGUCCUCAAGACUAUGCUAUCCAGACCAUUCAGAUACCCUACUACCCAAUUAUACCAGGAAAGCAACGUUCUAACAGUGAGACAGCUUUUUGUGCUCCAAAUAACGGUACGUCACCAUUCCUCUGUCCCCCGCGCUGAAUAUCACUGCUCCACCAGGAGAAGGAAACCGGCAUGUACGACAGCAAUUGUUCGAUCUACAUUUGCAAGUCAACAAUAUACAUGUAUAAGCGCAUUUUUAUAUAACAAAAUAGAUAAAUUGAUGAAAUUAGCUCAUCUCAACAAAUAUGAGCUUAAAAAGAAACUAAUUACAUGGUUGUCUAAACUAGACUAUGACUCAACUGAGGAAUUAUUAAACCGAGAAUCACUACAAUGCAUAUAUCUGAUAGAUAAAUGAAUAAAAUACAUGUAUUACAUAUAAUACAUAUACAUAUUAUAUAAUACACUUAUAAUAUUUAAUUUCAUUUGUACACACUUUCACCACAAGAUUACAAAUCCACACACAUCAAUAAGUUAAGUUUACAAAUCU